GGGAAACUCAGACUAUGGAGAUAGCUCUGAGAGCCUGAGAAAUAACUUGAAAGCUUAAGCAUCAAUCCUGAAGUGAGUCAGGUCCUUCAUUCACCUCAGUCUGACUGCACCCAACCUCUGUGUUAAUGGUGGUUCUUGAAUAAUUGAACUCCCUCUUUCCCAGGAAGGCAGACAAUGCAGAAGGAAUUAAAUGCGAUGAAAAAUGAGGAUGUAUGUUUCAAUGUUGACAAAACACACACAUCACACUGCCUGAAGCCAAUGGACCCUGAUGUGAAGUCUCACAGAACUGCACCACUCAGUGAAGAAUUCAGGGCACAGCUUGCACAGUUCCAGUAUGGUCCUUCCCUAGGGGAUAUAGAAACCUUUCACGGAUCCUUUGAAGGAGGGUCCCGGAAACGCAAAAGCAUGCCCACAAAAAUGCCUCACACUAUCCCCACAGGAGAUCCUACGUCACCAUCACACGGAUCUGAAAACAACAACGUAUGCUCCCCCAGUCUUUCUUUGAUGUACCAACAACCCACACAGCCCAAAUACAACUCCCAAAUGAUUGAUCUAUGUAACAUUGGCUUUCAGUUCUACAGAAAUCUGGAGCAUUUUGGAGCCAAGCCCAUUAAACAAGAACCAAUAAAGCCCAACAUGAUGUGGCCCAACACUCCUGCAUUUGUGCAGACUCCUUACUCUUAUUACCCAAAAGUCCACCCUGGCCUGAUGUUUCCUUUUAUUAUGCCCCCAAACUUCCAUUUCAGGAAUUCCUUCCAACUGAAAAGACCCCCGGAGCCAGGAUUCAGGAGGACUGAACCGAGGGAAAGUGGUGACAAUAAACAGAAGGUGGAAAGAGUAGAUGUCAACCUCCAGAUUGACGACAGCUAUUAUGUUGAUGUAGGGGGAGAACAAAAACGAUGGCAAUGCCCAAUGUGUGAAAAGUCCUACACUUCCAAGUACAACCUGGUCACCCACAUCUUGGGACAUAGUGGCAUCAAACCUCAUGCUUGCACUCGGUGUGGCAAGCUUUUCAAGCAGUUGAGUCACUUGCACACUCAUAUGUUGACACACCAGGGCACUCGACCACAUAAGUGCCAGGUCUGUCACAAGGCUUUCACCCAAACCAGUCACCUGAAGAGACAUAUGAUGCAACACAGUGACAUCAAGCCCUACAACUGUAGGAUCUGUGGCAGAGGUUUUGCCUAUCCAAGUGAGCUGAAAGCCCACGAGUCCAAGCAUGAGAGUGGCCGAGAGAACAUUUGUGUGGAGUGUGGUCUUGACUUUCCAACCCUGGCCCAGCUGAAGAGACAUUUAACAACCCAUCGAGGUCCUAUACAAUACAAUUGCACAGAAUGUGAUAAAACUUUCCAGUACCCAAGCCAGCUGCAAAAUCACAUGAUGAAGCACAAAGACAUACGUCCAUACAUCUGUACUGAAUGUGGCAUGGAGUUUGUGCAGCCCCACCAUCUCAAGCAACACUCUUUAACCCACAAGGGUGUGAAAGAGCACAAAUGUGGGAUCUGUGGCCGGGAGUUUACUCUGCUAGCCAACAUGAAGAGACAUGUGUUGAUCCACACCAAUAUCCGAGCCUACCAGUGUCACCUGUGCUUCAAAAGCUUUGUGCAGAAACAGACUCUGAAGGCACACAUGAUUGUUCACUCUGAUGUCAAGCCCUUUAAAUGCAAGCUAUGCGGAAAGGAAUUUAACAGAAUGCACAAUUUAAUGGGACACAUGCACUUGCAUUCAGACAGCAAACCAUUCAAGUGUCUCUACUGUCCCAGCAAAUUCACCUUGAAGGGAAACCUCACCAGACACAUGAAAGUCAAACACGGGGUCAUGGAAAGAGGAUUUCAUUCUCAAGGUUUUGGAAGAGGAAGAAUUACACUGUCCCAAACAGGUGUCUUGAGAAACUUGGAACAGGAAGAGCCUUUUGACCUUUCCCAGAAAAGCCAAGGGAAAGGAAUUUCAUUUCAUUCUGAUGGUGAGAGUGCCAAGGGAAGCUCAUGUCAGGAGGAAGAGGAAGACAACUGCUAUGAAGCAGAGCAGUACAGUCCUGUCAUGUACCAUCAUGAAAACAACAAGCUGUAUAUGCCCCGAGAUCUGUCUAGCAAACCAGACUAUGUGAUGAAAGAUUUCAAAGAGUCCUACUGUGAUGAGAAGGAGGAAAUGUUGAGAGGAGGACUGGAGAAGGGGAAAGGAAAUCAAGAUAAAGAAGAGAACCAAGAAGAGAGAGGCUUUGCAAAUAACAAGGAAUGCCUGAGCUUUAGACCCUUUGAAAAGGCCAGACUCAGCCAUUCUCUCUCUGAUUACCUAUACUUCAAACACAGGAAGAACAGUUUAAAAGAAUUACUGGAAAGGAAAAUGGAAAAACAAGCAAUGCUUAUAGGCAUCUAAAUUGACAACUUUUAAGUUACACUUGGAAACUGAGAACUAGGCAGUACUGU